AUGGUUAUAAAGUUCUACCAGCACAUUCUUGCCUUGGUGUUCACCAUCAACGAGAUCAAUGAGAAUCCCAAGAUCCUGCCCAAUGUCACUCUUGGGUCCCACAUCUAUGACAGCUACUAUAAUGUGAAGAUGACCUACCGUACCAUUCUGGACCUGCUCUUCAAAGCACAGAGAUUUGUCUCCAACUAUAAAUGUGACACCCAGAAAAACCUCAUUGCUGUCAUUGGGGGACUUGGAUCUGAGACUUCCUUCCACAUGGCAGACAUCUUAAGUCUUUACAAGAUUCCACAGCUCACUUAUGGGAUCUUUGCCCCUGAGGAUAUGCAUACAAAAAAGGUUCCUUCCUUUUACCGCAUGGUUCCAAAAGAAGAUCAUCAGUAUAUGGGGAUUGUGAGGUUGCUUCUCCACUUCAAAUGGACAUGGGUUGGGCUUCUUGCUGUGAAUGAUGAGAAUGGAGAACAUUUUGUGCAGACCAUGGAAUCCUUGCUAUCCCAGAAUGACAUCUGUUUGGCCUUCACAGAAAAAGUUGAGAAAAAAUUAUUUUGGAACACUUUGAGUGCAAUUAGUUUUUUUACUUCCAGGACUUAUAAAUCACUUGCAGAUCACAAAAUCAACACACUUAUCUUCUAUGGAGAAUCCAUGGCCCUCAUAACAUUCAGUGCAUGUAUGUUUUUUUCAGAUCCUGGAUAUUACACAAAAGCAACAUUGAGAAAAGUAUGGAUUAUGACAGCCCAGACUGAUUUUGUAUUAACAGCCUAUCAAAGGACCUCAAAUUUCCAAUUCUUCCAAGGUGCCAUUUUUUUCACAGUUCACCCAAAAGAAGUUCUAGGUUUCCAGAAAUUUCUGGAGUGCAUGAAACCUGACUGGAAACAAGGAGAUGGUUUUCUUCGGGUCUUCUGGGAGCAAGCGUUUGAUUGUACUGUUCCAAAUCCACCAGACUUGUUGAAGGAUAAGGGACUAUGUACAGGGGAAGAAAAGUUAGAGAGUCUUCCGGAGCCUUUUUUUGAAAUGCACAUGACCAGUCACAGCUAUAGCAUUUACAAUGCUGUAUAUGCUGUAGCACAUGCAUUGCAUGCCUUUCACUCAUCAAGAUACAGCCACAGAGCAAUAGCAGGUCAUAAAAGAUCUGAAUGUCAUGAUGUCAAGCCUUGGCAGAUGCAUCGCUUUCUUCAAGGCAUUUCAUUUAACAACUCAGAAGGAGAAAUUUUGUCUUUCAAUAGUAAUGGGGAAUUGGAUGCUGGAUUUGAAAUAAUGAACCUGAUUACCUUCCCAAACCAGUCCUUCCACACUGUGAAAGUAGGCAAGGUGGAUCCCAAUGCUGAUAAAGGAAAAGAAUUCACCAUCAAUGGAGAUAUGCUUGUAUGGCAAGCCAACUUUAACCAGGUGCUACCCCUUUCUGUGUGCAAUGACUACUGCAUGCCAGGUUCUCAGAAGAAAAAGAAGGAAGGGCAGAAAUUUUGCUGCUACGAUUGCAUUCCAUGUCCCAAAGGGAUGAUUUCAGAUAAGAAGGACAUGGAAGAUUGCAUCAGAUGCCCAGAAUAUCAGUAUCCAAGCAAGGACCAAGAUGGAUGUGUCCCCAAAGUUAUAACCUUCCUAUCUGUUGAAGAACCUUUGGGGAUUAGCUUGGCUUCAGUGGCUGUUUCUUUUUCCCUGGUCACAGUUUGGGUGCUAGGAAUUUUCAUUAAACACAGAAAUACUCCCAUAGUCAAAGCCAACAACAGGGAUAUCACCUACAUUCUCCUCAUAUCACUUCUGCUCUGCUUUCUGUGCACUUUUUUCUUUCUUGGACCCCCUAGAAAGUUAACCUGCUUGUUUAGACAAUCUGCUUUUGGUAUUAUUUUCUCAGUGGCUGUUUCUUGUGUUUUGGCCAAGACCAUCACUGUGAUUGGAGCUUUCAUGGCUACAAAACCAGGGUCCAACAUGAGAAAAUGGGUGGGGAAAAGACUGACCACUUUCACGAUCCUUUUCUGCUCUCUUCUUCAAACAGGCAUUUGUACAGUGUGGUUAGAAACCACACCCCCUUUCCCACAUUUUGAUAUGCAGUCACUUGAUGAAGAGAUCGUGGCAGAGUGUAAUGAAGGCUCUGUCACCAUGUUUUAUAUUGUCUUAGGCUACAUGGGAUUUCUCUCCAUUAUCACUCUGGUUGUAGCUUUCCUUGCUAGGAAACUACCUGACAGUUUUAAUGAAGCCAAGUUCAUCACCUUCAGUAUGCUGUUGUUUUGCAGUGUGUGGGUAUCCUUUGUUCCAACCUAUCUCAGCAGCAAAGGGAAAUACAUGGUAGCUGUGGAGAUCUUCUCAAUCUUGGCCUCCAGUGCUGGUUUGCUGGUUUGUAUCUUUUCUCCUAAGUGCUACAUUAUUGUACUGAGACCUGAGCUGAACACCAAAGAGGAGAUUAUCAGGAGAAAAAAUUAA